AUGGGCGGCGCCGUGCGCCAGGCGCUGGGCUACGCGGUCAGCAAGGAGCCGGCGGACUACUACAGGCUGAUGGCCGUGCUGGAGGCGCAGCUGGACAACCCCAUGCCCACGGCGCUGGACCACGGGGCCGGCGAGAACGACCCCAGGGGGCAUUUGUCCAGGCCCAACAGCGCCGGGGGGGGCCCGGGGGGCCCUUACCUCAGCCUCAGGAGGCUGGCAGUGUGGCUGGCGGAGCCCAUGAGGCGGAUGCGGCUCCUGGGGGUGAUCAUCGACAGCACAAGGGACAAGAGCGGGGGGGAGUUGGCGGGGGCGGUGUACUCGUAUCUCCACCAGGGGGACCCCACCACGCACGCGUUUACAAAUCGGAUGCUUCAGCGCGUGCGCGUGCCCGUGCUUGACAUGAUCAAGCAGUGGGUGUUUGAGGGGGAGCUGUAUGAUCCGUACGGGGAGUUCUUUGUGCGGGACGCUGCAGAGAGCCUGGAAGAAGAGGGGGGCUCCGCCCCCUUGCUGGACCUGUGGCGGGAGGGGUACCGAAUCGAUCACGCCAUGCUGCCGGCGUACAUAAGCGAGCCGCUAGCCAGGCAGAUCCUGCGGGCUGGGAAGACGAUCAACUUCCUGAGGGAGCGGUGCCAGGACGGGGAGUGGGUGCAGGAGAGGGCCACGGAGGCCCAGGCGUCCGGGAUGGUGUCAGCGGCGAAUGGCCAGAUGGAAGGGCUGCAGGGCCUGGUGGACGGCGCCUCGGCGAGCGUGGACCAGCGGCUGCUGGACAUCCUGUUCCAGAAGUACUCUUUCAGCCAGCACUGCGAGGCGAUGAAGCGCUACCUGCUGCUGGGCCAGGGGGACUUCAUCCAGGCGCUGAUGGACCUGCUGAGGCCGGAGCUGGACAAGGAAGCCAAGGCUAUUUCGGAGAUCACGCUGAUUGGGCUGCUGAAGUCGGCCGUGCACGCCUCCAACGCCAAGUAUGAAGACGACGACGUGCUGGAGAGGCUGAGGGUCAGGAAGGACAAGGGGAUCGGCAGAGACACGGGCUGGGACGUUUUUUCCCUUCAGUACGACAUGCUUCAGCCCAUGGCCACCAUAUUCACGCCCAGCGUGAUGAACCAGUACUUGAGGGUGUUCAGGCUGCUGUGGAAGUUGAAGCAUGCCGAGCACACGCUCGCGGAGGCUUGGCACACGCUGAAGCUGCUGGACAGGGUCCUGAACACGUUCGGGCCAAAGUCAGGGGACCGCGCCAGGUCGCUGCUCAGGCUGGGCCUCAAGCUGAGGAGCAAGAUGUCCCAUUUUGUCACCAACCUGCAGUACUACGUGAUGUUCGAGGUGCUGGAGGGGGCUUGGGGGGAAUUCACCCAGCACGCUCAUUCGGCCACUGACCUGGACGAGUUGAUCGCCGCACACGAGCAGUACCUGGACGCCAUCCUGACUCGCAGUCUGCUGAUUGGCGAUGUGGCGAAGAUCCACAUGAAGCUUGAGGAGAUCUUCAGCUGCGUCUUCCGGCUGCUGGGGGUUGUCAAUCGACUGAGCACAGAGGUGGAGACGGCGGCCCAGGUGCUCAAGGCCCAGAAGCAGAAGGUGCAGCGCAGGACAAGGAAGGGUGGGUGGGGGAUAGGCAAGGGGGAUGCAGUGCCUGAGAAGGACAUCCCUGAGAAGGAGUAUGCGGACAUCAAGCGAGUCGCUGAUAAUGUGGGCCUGGAAUAUGAAGUGCUGUUGAAUCAGUUCACAAAGGACCUGCCGGUGCAGGCACUGUCGGACCUAAGGUUUUUGGUGUUCAGGCUGGACGUCACAGAGUUCUACACAGAGGCAGGUGCCGAAUCCACCCAGGACGAUGAGUUUGACGGGUGA